AUAACCAGCAUGCACCGCGCACAGGUGAUCUGUUCAGCGCCGGGUCUGCGCUGCUUUUGCACUGUAAUGUUGUCAGUUGCGUUAUAAGAUAAAAAAAUAGUCAUCUCAGGAAUAAUUUUUACAACGAUGACUUAAAACAGAAUCGUAUCGCCAUAAAGGGGUCUUUUACUGUGAAAAUGAAACAUUAGACGCGUUGAAGGCUCUGAUCGUUUGACGAUGUUAACCCCGUCCGGGUGUCGGUGCUUGUCUGCCGGCUUGUGAUGUUCCGGGUGUCCCGGCUCCUCAGGGCGCUUCAGAGGACAGUUUGCAGCGUUAACGACGACAUGCCGAAGGGGAAGUUUUUCUACGCGGUCAGGAAAGGCUUCAAGCCGGGAGUCUACAGCUCAUGGGAUGAAUGCAGGAGCCAAGUGGAGAAAUUCCCUGCAGCCUCCUUCAAGAAGUUCGCCUCGGAGCGGGACGCGUGGGCCUUCGUGCGGGGCGUGGAGCUGUCUGCGCCUCCACGCCAGAGCGCAGAGGCGGAGGUUCCUCUGCUUCCUAAACGGGGCCCGGAGCCUCUGCACUACAUCCCUCUUGGCAAGAGGAGCCGCUCCAGUGAGGAGGAGGAGGAGCUGCAUGCCAAACGGCCGAGAGAGUCGGGAGCACCUUCAUCUGAAGGAACCUCCGACGGCUUCACCUACAUGGGUGAUGCCGUGGUCGUUUAUACUGACGGCUGCUGCUCAUGUAACGGGAAGGCUGGGGCCCGCGCCGGCAUUGGAGUGUACUGGGGCCACAACCACCCGCUAAAUGUGGCAGAGCGGCUAGAGGGACGGCAGACCAACCAACGUGCAGAGAUCCAGGCGGCCUGCAAAGCUCUGCAACAAGCCAAAGAGCACGGCAUCCAAAAGCUGGUUCUCUACACUGACAGCAAAUUCACCAUCAAUGGUGUGACUAGCUGGGUGAAGAACUGGAAACUGAACGGCUGGAGGCUGAAAUCUGGCGGGCUGGUCACAAACAAAGAAGACUUUGUGAAGCUGGAUGAGUUAAACUCCGAGCUGGAAGUGGUGUGGCUGCACAUACCUGGACACUCUGGCUACACAGGCAACGAGCAGGCCGACCGGCUGUCCCGGGAGGGGGCGGGAAAGCCCCUCCAGCAUUCUGACGGGGACCCUGGUUAAAGCUGCUCUUCAGUUCCUCUGUUUGUGUUGAGCAGUGAUUUUUACACUUUCCUCCGAAUAAAGUUU